AUGGACUGCCAGGCCCUCGCGAAAAGUUUGGAGCAGAUGAACUACCUGCACAAUGUGAAGUACCUGGAAGCGAAGGACCUAACCGAUUUUAACCAAAAAAGCGCAUACUACAUCUGUCAGCAGAUUGCAGAAAAGCAGCUAAGCAAUGAGGGGGGAUAUGUUGUGAUAGGGCUCUCUGGGGGAAAAACACCCAUUGAUGUGUAUAAAAAUAUGGCCCUAGUUAAGGACAUAAAAAUAGACACCAGCAAAUUGAUAUUCUUCAUUAUUGAUGAAAGGUACAAAAGCUGCGAUCACAAGUUUAGUAAUUACAAUAAUAUAAAAUUCUUAUUUGACAACUUAAAAAUAAAUGAGAAGGAGCAGUUGUACAUGCCAGACACUUCAAAGAACAUCGUGGACUGUGUAAGGGACUACAAUGAAAAGAUAAAAAAUAUGUUGAAGAAGUAUAAUAAAGUAGACAUUGCUAUAUUAGGCAUGGGGAGCGAUUUUCACAUAGCUAGUUUAUUUCCAAACAUUUUUUUCAAUAUCUAUAUGAACAAUUACCAGAAUAGCUAUAUUUACAAUGAGUCUUCUAUCAAACUGGUAAACAAUAACGACAACAAUGACAACGAUAAUUUGAAGCUACUGAAGGAGUAUGUGUACUUUACAACAACCAACAAUUUCGAUGUGAGGAAAAGAAUUACCGUCUCGUUAGAUUUACUGGGAAAUGCAUCCAGCAAGAUAUUUUUACUAAAUUCUAGGGAGAAGUUGGACCUAUGGAAAAAUAUGUUGCUAAAAUCUUAUGUAGAUGUGAAUUAUUGUCUCUACCCCGCUGUAUACCUAAUCGAUAGUAUGAACACCACGGUGGUGACUUGUGGAUAUACAAACUAUCCACAGAUAUUGGAAGAUAUUUAUGUGUCCAGUAAUUCUUUGUCGGUGCAUUCGCCUAGCCCAAAUAAGAGGGAAUUCCUAACGUUUAUAAUUUUUGGAUGCUCAGGAGAUUUAGCGAAAAAGAAAAUUUACCCUGCGAUUUUUAAACUGUUCUGUAAUAAGCGCUUACCAAAGGAUUUGUUAAUUGUCGGAUUUGCAAGAACAGCACAAAGUUUUGAUACCUUCUUCGAUAAAAUUGUUGGAUACUUGAAGAGGUGCCUGCACAGUUAUGAGGAUUUGUCUCUUAGCCAGAAGAAGGACUUGCUAAAUUGCUUCAAAAAUAAGUGCAGGUACUACAUCGGGGACUACUCUAGCUCGGAAAGCUUUGAGAAGUUUAACAAGUACUUGACACAGCUGGAGAGGGAGAACAUAGUCAACAUAGUCGGCACCUCAACCACCAUAUGUGGGGAGUCCUUGGGGAACGAAUCCCUUGUGAACGACGCGGAUAGCAUGGAACUCCACGCAGAUGAGUCCAUUCGCGCGAAAGGGACCGAUACCGCUACCCCUGGGAAGGCCCACGGAGGAGCAAAUGGACUAGCCAUACCCAUGCAGAGCAAACCCUCAAACAAGGAUGACACAUCGGACGAAGGGCACUCCAGCACGAAGUACCCAUUCGCCAUAAACAGAAUACUCUACCUGGCAUUGCCCCCACAUAUAUUCGUAAGUACCUUAAAGAAUUACAAAAAAAAUUGCCUCAACAGAAAUGGUACGGACAAAAUAUUAUUAGAAAAGCCAUUUGGAAAGGACUUGCAAUCAUUUAAAGUGUUGUCAAAACAAAUUCUGGAAAAUUUUAACGAAGAGUAUAUAUACAGAAUAGAUCACUACUUGGGUAAGGACAUGGUGUCAGGGUUACUGAAAUUAAAAUUUACCAAUACUUUUCUGCUCUCUCUCAUGAAUAGGCACUUCAUCAAGUGUAUAAAGGUUACCUUGAAGGAAACAAAAGGAGUGUACGGUAGGGGACAAUACUUCGACCCCUAUGGAAUCAUCCGAGAUGUGAUGCAGAAUCAUAUGCUGCAGUUGUUGGCCUUAAUAACGAUGGAAGAUCCAAUCGACUUAAAUGACGAAUCGGUAAAAAAUGAAAAAAUAAAAAUAUUGAAAUGCAUUCCAUCCAUCAAAUUAGAUGAAACAAUAAUUGGACAGUAUGUCAAAUCGGAGAACUACCAAGAGGAGAAAAACUUAUCUUCCCCUCAUGCUGAUGAUAACCCUAUUGAUGAGUCCAAGCGGAACCAUAGCUACCAUGACGAUCCUCACAUAGACUCCAACUCAAUUACACCAACCUUCUGUACUUGCAUUUUAUACAUCAAUUCAAUAAAUUGGUAUGGAGUACCCAUCAUAUUCAAAGCAGGAAAAGGACUAAAUAAAGACAUUUGCGAAAUCCGCAUACAAUUUCAUAACAUCAUGGGAUCCUCCGAUGAAAGCAUGUACAACAACGAAUUUGUGAUUAUCCUCCAGCCCGUUGAAGUUAUCUACUUAAAAAUGAUGAUAAAAAAAACUGGCAGUGAAGAAAUGGAAGAAGUUCAACUAAAUUUAACUCUUAAUGAUAAAAAUAAAAAAAAUUAUGUUCCAGAAGCGUACGAAACAUUGUUGCUGGAAUGCUUUAAAGGGUUUAAGAAAAAAUUUAUUUCUGAUGAGGAGCUAUAUGAAUCGUGGAGAAUUUUCACUCCUCUUCUGAAUGAACUGCGAGAAAAGAAAGUGCAGCCUUUGAAAUACCCCUUCGGCUCCUCGGGGCCCAAGGAGGUGUACGACCUGGUCAAGAAGUACUACAACUAUGGCAAGAACUACGCCAAUACACCUACCUUCGUCCGCAAGUCCUCCUUUUACGAGGACGACUUGUUGGACAUAAACUGA